UUAUGGAUGGGGUCUAUGUAAGCCACGCCUAUUUUCAGCCUGGGUCACCCAGACUUAUCAGGACUGUUAGGGACAGUCCUUGUAAAUUCGGGGGUGUUGGCAACCAUGCAGUUUUUUAACCCAAAACAUUUCAGGUGUGGGCCAUAAAGGUAGAAAAGGUAUAAAGGGCAGAGACUACUCCUAUUUUGUUGCCUACCAAAACUGCAUUAGAAAACCUAAAAAACACCUGCCCGUGUGAAUACACCCUGUCCCUGACAUCCAUAAUGGCGCUAGUAAAGUUUCUUCACCACGCUUUCCCUGUCCUUCCAGUGUGUGGCCAUUAGGUGGCAGUGUUCCUUCAGCUGACGCCUGUGUUGCAGGAAGCUACACUAGUACUUCCAGGUGACGCGUCCCGACCUCCUAAUCUGUCAUGUCCUCCGCUUGAACGCAAUAAACCGUUCUUGCCAGGGGACAUGACAUGUAACUGCCCAAAAGUGUCAGAUGGUGCUUACGACAUGGAACCGGACAGUGACUACUCUGAAGAACCCAGUCGAUUGGCGUCAUUUGCAAAUUUUUCAAGCACCUGUCCCAUCUCUGCACCAGCCCUGGCCCGUGCUGGCUUCUAUUACACUGGGACUGACGACAGAGUGGAGUGCUUCAGCUGUAAGGCUGUCGUAGAGGGCUGGCAACAUGGAGACACAGCGAUUGGCAAGCAUCGGAAAAUCAGCCCUAAUUGUAAAUUCAUUAAUGCAUUUAACUCGAGAAGUGAAAGCAUACAAACCCAAGCUCCUGCGAGUCAGAGCGCCGGUCCUCCCCUACUAAAUAACUGUGCGAGCUUUGACCUGGGUCAGACCUCCAACUCCGAUAUCCACACUGAUUACUUGUUGAGGACUGGAAGAAUAGUUGAUGAAUCAGUACCAAAAUUCCCUCGAUGUUUAAAUAUGUGUAGUGAAGAAGCACGACUUAAGACCUUUCAAAACUGGCCAAGCUAUGUGCGCCAGACGCCAAAGGAGCUGACCAGCGCUGGUCUCUUCUACACAGGCAUCGAUGACCAGGUGAAAUGUUUCUGCUGUGGAGGAAAGCUGAUGAACUGGGAGCCCAGUGAUGUGGCAUGGACAGAGCAUCGCAAACAUUUUCCAGACUGCUUGUUCGUUUUGGGUCGAGAUGUCGGGAAUGUAGCAGUUGAGUCGAGCAGUAUGUUUAACAGUAGAAGAAGAGGUUCUGAAGUUCCGGAAAAUCCCUCUAUGAGUCACCUAAAGGCUCGGAUUGAGAGUUAUGCUAAUUGGCCUUCUGCCGUUAACAAGGAGAUGCUUGCCAGAGCAGGAUUCUGUAGUACUGGUGAACGUGACACGACAAGAUGCUUUUUCUGUGGCGGGGAACUGAAAGAUUGGACUGUAAAAGAUGACCCAUGGGAAUUACACGCAAGAUGGUUUCCAGGAUGCAGAUUUCUAAUUGAGGAAAAAGGACAACAUUUUAUCAAUAAUGUGCAGUUAACCAAGCCUCUGCCAGUCAAGCCGGAAAGUGGCACCCCACCUGCUUUACCUGAAGACAGUGAAUUGGUGAAGAACCCUUUGGUGAAUCAUGCACAGCAAAUGGGAUUUCAGUUAGAAGAAAUCAAGAAACUUAUGUUAAAAAGAAUGAAAAACACUGGAAAAAACUACACAUCCGUCGAAAUUCUGGUCUCAGACUUAUUAAACUCUCAGUCUGCAAGCAGAAACGUUAAGUCAACAGAGAAAGAGAACAGCAUAGAAGAAAAGUUGAGGAAACUGGAAGAGGAGAAAAUAUGCAAAGUGUGUAUGGACAAAGCUGUGUGCAUGGUGUUCAUCCCUUGUGGUCACUUGGUGGCAUGUGCUGCCUGUGCCGAGGUCCUGGAUAAAUGCCCUAUAUGUUGUAGUUUCAUAGAAAGACGGCAGAAAAUUUUCAUGUCGUAAAGGUCAGCCGUCUUUCAAUCUUACCUUUAAUUCUAAAGUUCAAGGGACUUCUUGUUUGUCUUUUAUUUUUUUUAAAUAAAAUUUUAAUACAUAAAGGAUCAUAAAAGUAGCCACCCCAUCUUUGCACUGCAUAAUCGUGGAGCCCAUAGAUGUCUCCUGUUCUGCAGCAUCUAUGCCGUAGCCAUGGGUGAAAUGUGACUAAGAUUCAUGAGACCCCCAGACAGUAAACCACUUGUAGGCUAGACUGACACCUAGACCUUUUAAUGACAUUACAAAAAGAUUGCGGUGAUAUCGCUGUGCAUUGGAAAUGCAUCAAGUAGCAUGAAAAUGUCUUCAAAAAGUCAAGGGAAUUGCCAGUGAUUUAUUUAUAUUUUUUUUUACUUUUUACAUGCUGGGAUUUCUGUGCUAUUUGACAAAGUAAUAGGUACUUUUAUCUCUCAUUAAAGGGGUUUUCCAAGUUCAGUUUUGGGAGGUAAACUGCAGGAAAUUUGUUAAAAUACUAAAAAAAAAAAAGUCACCGUCUGGGCCCCCUCCGAUCCAGUGCCACCACUCUGUCCUCCCACAGUGCUGUUGCAGUGUCUGGCCAUUAUACAGCAC